GCCAGAAACAAACCGAUUCUGCAACGCACUGUAUAUCACAAACAACACACAAUCAACCCAUCCUCGACCCGCCCCAGACGACCGAACCUCCCCUCUCACUCUCCCCCUCCCGGUCACUCAUCCACCUCUCCAGCAUGGCAACCCAACAGCCCGAGCUCUCCUCCUCCUCCACCACCACCACAGACCCCUUCGUCUCCAUCUCCUGCCUCGACUUCCUCCUCAUCGAGCUCGUGCCCAUGGCAUACCGCAUCGCCGCCGAACUCUCCGCCCGCGAGGAAGAUUGGACACGGCCAAUUGGCGCUCUAAACACUACCACCACUACUACUGGCACCUCCUCCCGAGCGCAGGACACGACGAGUACGACUGGGGGAGGAGGAGGGGGUGGAGGUGGAGAUGGAGGUACGGCCGGCAGCGUUGCCAUCGUAGACGACGAGGAGACGCGCGAGGCAGUGUUCUACAGGUUGGAGAUGCUGGGGUACCGCGUCGGACUGGGGAUCACGGAGCGAUUCUCCCGCGACAAGCCGCGCUCCACAGACGCGCUCGACACCAUCAAAUUUCUCUGCAAGGACAUCUGGCUGCUCGUCUUCCGCAAGCAGAUUGACAAUCUCAAGACGAAUCACCGGGGCAUAUACGUGCUGACGGACAACGCGUUCAAGCCGCUGACACGCAUGUCGGCGGAGAGAGGGCAGGGCGAUAGCAUGCUGGCGCGGGCACAGCCGGUACGUUAAACCUUUUUUUUUUUGGAUGAAGGGAGAUCAGAGUUGAGUGAGGG